CACAAGUAGGCGUAGAGACUUAUCGGAUAAGAAUUGAAUGGGAGUAUUAAUUAAAGGUGCAAUCCACCUUUUUAAAUGUUCACCCCUAAAAGUGCAUUAAAAAACCAAAACAAAGCUUGACGCACACUAGCCGUCAAAGCUAUGUUCCGCGCAGAAGAAACCUUUAUCUUUUUUUAAAAACAUGCCAGGCUACCGGUAAUGAGAGUGGCAUAGAUUCAUUACCAUACUUAGAAGAGUAUAAAUAGCGUGGAGAGUUAGAAUAUUCACUCUUUUUCCUUUGUCAUGGUAGCCAACAAGACCCUAGCUAUGGGGGAAGAUUACAUCCAAUGCGCUGUCUCCAAUCUUAUGACAUGGAACCCGAGUUUCACUGGCUUGGGCACUAAGAUUUCAUCCAUAAGUGCAACCGUGGUGAAUUUCCUGACUUUGCCUUGGACGGCGGCACUCAACGUGGUCGUUCUAAAGGCCUUACUGACAGUACCAACAUUGAGGGUACGCAAGUCGAACAUAGCUCUGUCCCUGUUGGCCGUCACGGACUUUCUGAGUGGUGUUACAAGCCAACCCUUGUUUUUGGCCCGAGAAGUAACACACCUAACUGCAUAUGGCCCGCUCUGUACACUUGAAAAUUCCAUCCACUUCUGCGUGUAUGUGUUUUCGGGAUCCUCUUUGUACCAUUUACUCAUUGUUACUUACGAUCGCUUCGUGGCAAUAACAAGGCCAUAUGAGUACCCACAACUAGUCACGAAAAGACGGUUAUCGCACGCUUCUUUGCUGUCCUGGAUCAUCAACAUCAUCAACGCAGUCAUCCGGUACUCGUGCCCAUCCGACGAAAAACUAACUUUCUGGAUGAACAUUUUCUCACUAUCCAAUAUCUUCGUGUUUACUUGGGUGAUUGUUUAUUGGAACUCGCGGAUUUUACUAGAGGUCCGUAGACAGAAAAUUCAAAUGAAAACACAGGCCGUCGCCGUUGCGGAUGUGAAGACGAAGCAAAAGGAAAACAAAGCUGCAAAAACGGCGAUUAUUUUAUUAGGGGCGCUAAUGGUUACCUAUGCACCGGCUUUGGCAUUAGUCCCGACAUUCCUUCUAAAGCCCUCCUUGCUUAAGUCGGAAUUAGUGUUUUCUUUUAUUGCUUGGGUUGAGACAUUUAUGCUUCUCAACUCGUUAACAAACCCUCUGAUUUACUGCUUGCGAUCUCGCGAACUGAGACAUCAUAUGGCAAGGAAGUUCAAAUGGGUGAGACUAGUGGCGGGGGCUGACCCUACGAGUCAAGCGCCAAGUCGCCCGCAAAGUGGGAAAAGGCAUCACGGCGGGUUAAGUAAAACAGCAAAUUAGAGAGAAAAAUCUAGAAAUGCAGAUCAAACGCGUACGCAAAAGGCCUGGUGAUUAAAACUCGGAAACCCAAGCCAGUGUGAGACCACCUAAUUUUUUAAUUGCACGUCUAAUAGAAGAAGAAAAACAUCACACAUACUGUAUUGUCAAUUCCACCCUCUCAAUCCGAGGCCGCACCAAGCGUGUUUGAAUGCGUUCAUACAGGCAUACAUGAAGGCACAUCUCUUUGCCCUCAAUUGUUUGGCAUUGUUCCUUACUUUAUAAGAACAUUUUAGCAUCGACUCAACCAAGGUUUAUCCUGAAGAAGGCGUUAUUAGGCACAGAAAACAUAAUUCGAUAAAAAGGAAAACGCAGAAAACUAUUUGCACAAUUAUUUUCUUCCACAGUUCGGGGAACGAUGUUUGUUCUUAAAAGUUUUGGUAAAUUUCA